GAAGAAAAAAAAGUCUAUGCUUUCAUAUUCAUUGCUUUAACCUUCUCUCUCUCAGACACAGACACACAGCUAAGCUUCCCAUCUGAAAGGAGUUUCAUGUCCUGAAGGACCAUAACCUCUCUCUCUCUAAUAACAAAUAAAAAAACAGAAGAUAGAGAGAGAGAAAGUAUGGCUCACAUAAAGAUCUAACAGAGACAGUAGUCCCACAUCCCCACCACAGCCAUCUUCGAUCAUCAUCAAUGGAUCCUGAUCCGGAUCAUAACCCGAAUCAUCAUAGACCAAACUUCCCUCUCCAGCUUCUUGAUUCUUCUUCCUCCUCUUCCACUUCCUUAGCCAUCGUCCCAUCAGCUUCUUCUUCCGAACCUAACUCCGAACCAAACGCCCUCUCCAAGAAACCGCCCCCAAAGCGAACCUCAACUAAGGACAGACACACCAAAGUCGAAGGCCGAGGCCGUAGGAUCCGUAUGCCUGCCAUGUGCGCCGCACGUGUCUUUCAGCUCACACGUGAGCUAGGUCAUAAGUCCGACGGUGAAACCAUCGAGUGGCUUCUCCAGCAAGCUGAGCCGGCGGUUAUAGCCGCUACAGGAACUGGAACCAUUCCGGCUAACUUCGCUUCUCUUAAUAUCUCACUUCGCAGCUCAAGAUCUUCUCUCUCCGCUGCUCAUCUUCGUACAGCUCCAAGCAGCUAUUACUUUCACUCGCCUACGAUGGCUCAUCCUCAUCAGGUGCGUCCCAAGCACGAGUCGCAUUCCUCUUCUUCUUCGCAGCUUUUAGACCACAACCAGAUGGGGAACUAUUUAGUUCAAUCAACGGCUGGAUCUUUGCCAACGAGUCAGACUCCUACUACGGCACCGUUUUGGAGUAGUGGUGACAGUACGCAGAAUCUUUGGGCUUUUAAUAUCAACCCUCAUCAUUCGGGGGAAGUUUACAACACGAGCGGUGGUGGUGGUGGUGGCGGUGGAGGAGGCGGAGCAGGAGGAGGAGGAGUACAUCUGAUGAAUUUUGCAGCUCCUAUUGCUUUGUUUUCUGGACAGCCUUUGGCGUCUGGUUACGGAGGAGGAGGUGGAGAUCAUAACCAUUACGGAGUUUUAGCGGCGUUGAACGCUGCUUACCGGCCGGUUCAGGAGACGGCGAGCCAGCAAAACCGCGAAGGAGAUCAUCAUCACAGCCAUCAAGAAGAUGGAAGCACGAGUCAUCAUUCCUAGGCAAAAAACACACACACAAACAAUAUAUCUAGAAAGGUGUGUACACGAAGGGGGAAUGCAUUUAGAUAUGGUGCCAUAUUAAUUCCAGUAGCUCGUCUUCUAUAUAUAUAUAUAUAUAUAUAUAUAUGCAGGAUUUAAUACUUUAGUUGAUUCAAUUUAUAGCUUUUGUAAAGCUUUUGUAAGGCGUUACUUUUGUGAAUGGUCAAGCACUAUAUACUAUAUUGCGGAGCGCAGGAACAUAACAUAGAAGUAAAUUAUCAAAAAUCUCAUCUGGUCGAAGCUUGCUACGUUUGGAGAUUUAAGAUAUACAAUCUCUGGAUCCAUGAAACUUAUCGCCAACGUCAAUUCUUGUUAAAUAAUAAUAUAUUUACAUGCAAAUAUUGUGAAUUUCGAACACCCAAAACAUUCAUCCAAGAUAUUUCAUUCUCUUC